AUGGAACGAGGUUUACCAACUCCUCCCGUGGAGGAAAGCAUAAGGGCGUCGUCGGGUCCGAAAAGAAGUACAUCCAGCACGAAGGCAGUCAAGCCCGUACACCGAAACUCGAAACGAGCAAGCCAGUCCGCACACUCGCCAGUGCAUGACCAUGCACCUCUAUCACCACACGGUGCCAACAUGGACAGGAAUAAGAGGGUAUGGAAAGCAUGCGAGAGAUGCAGGCAAAAGAAGACAAAGUGCGAUGGAGAGUUUCCAUGCAAGCGUUGUAAAGACGACGGCUUGGUUUGCACCGCAGGCACACGCAAGAAGACGGAAUACAAGCAACUACCACGAGGCUACGCCGAGGUACUGGAAAACACCCAAUUAGCCUUGAUUGCCACGGUACAUAAACUCUACGCAAUGGUGCGAACGGGGCAGCAGUGGGAUUUGCCGGAGCCGGAGCUCAACGAUCGUGGACAACCAAUCAUACACAACAUUGCGACGUUACUUGGUAGCAUUCGUCCCAACGCAGACGCUGACCUCCCUCCCCACACCGUCUUCCCAGAGGAUGAGGGAGGUUUGUCGAAGCUGGCUGCCGAGCUGGAGGUACAACAAAGAGAGCGGGAGUCUCACGUCCCAGAUCACACAUCAGAAACGGAUUCAACAUGUAACCGAACCGAGCGAGCGAGUUCAUCCGAGCUAGACCACUCCGAUUUCGAGCAGGACUACAGAAAGGCCAUGAUGAACGGGCAGAACGUGCAGACGCUAUCACCACAGAGCUUUACGUCUUACGACUUUGACGCAAACAAGCUACCCAAUGAGAUGGAUCCAACGGCCAUGUUCCCUGUCCAGUCACCGUCCAAUUCUACAUCAUUCCAAACAUGGAAUAUGGGCAGGCCGACUUCUAUGGGAGGCAUGCCACCUCAGUAUAUGCCGCAACUGGAUAUGAACAUGGCAGACAUGAUGCUGAGUCAAGGCCUCGUCGAAUCUGAAUUCGGAACGAUCAAGCCGCACAUGCUCUCGUGUCCCAACCCCGAAGUCAUGCUUGGAGUCGGUGAUCCCAUGAUUUAUUCGGGCUACGGCAUGGACCACUUGAGAGCAUGA